CAUGCACAGAAGCAGCCGAAGGGCUCGCGGCGGCGGCAGCGUUUGCAAGCCGGGCGUUUCCUCAGGCUUGGUUGCCAAACCUCGGCAGCCAAAGUAGCACUAGCACGCCUUGCCCCAAAGUCCGCGGCGCUCCUCCUCCUCCACCACCACCUUCGACAACGACUUUCUUCCCCAUCCUUCUCCUCCCCAAGGCAAACUUUGAUGGAGAAUUUCACCCCGCGCUGGCAAAAUGCCUGUCAUGAAAGGAUUACUGGCACCGCAGAACACCUUCCUGGACACCAUAGCGACUCGGUUUGACGGCACACAUAGUAACUUCAUCCUUGCAAAUGCUCAGGUGGCUAAGGGAUUUCCCAUAGUUUACUGUUCCGAUGGCUUCUGUGAGCUUUCCGGAUUUGCACGAACAGAAGUCAUGCAGAAGAGCUGCAGCUGUAAAUUUUUAUAUGGUGCUGAAACAAAUGAGCAGAUGAUUCUCCAAAUUGAAAAGUCACUGGAAGAAAAGAUAGAAUUCAAAGGAGAAAUAAUGUUUUAUAAAAAGAAUGGGUCUUCAUUUUGGUGCUUGCUGGACAUUGUCCCUAUCAAAAAUGAAAAAGGUGAUGUGGUUCUGUUUCUGUCUUCUUUCAAAGACAUAACGGAUACAAAAGUGAAGAUUCCUCUGGAUGACAAAAAGGAAGAAAAAUUCAAAGGUCGAGGAAGAGCAGGAUCACAUUUUGAUUCAGCACGCAGACGGAGCAGAGCUGUUCUUUAUCAUAUCUCUGGACAUCUACAAAGAAGAGAAAAGAACAAAUUAAAAAUUAAUAAUAAUGUUUUUGUAGACAAACCAGCAUUUCCAGAAUAUAAAGUUUCAGAUGCAAAAAAGUCCAAAUUCAUACUUUUGCAUUUUAGCACUUUUAAAGCUGGCUGGGACUGGCUUAUUUUACUGGCAACGUUUUAUGUUGCUGUGACUGUACCUUACAAUGUUUGCUUUAUUGGCAAUGAUGAUCUAUCUACAACUCGAAGCACAACUGUCAGUGACAUUGCAGUGGAAAUUCUUUUUAUCAUAGAUAUUAUUUUAAAUUUCCGAACAACAUAUGUCAGCAAGUCUGGCCAAGUAAUAUUUGAAGCAAGAUCUAUUUGUAUCCACUAUGUGACCACAUGGUUCAUCAUUGAUUUAAUUGCUGCACUUCCUUUUGAUCUUCUAUAUGCUUUUAAUGUCAAUGUGGUGUCCAUUGUCCACCUUCUCAAAACAGUACGAUUGCUGCGUCUUUUACGUCUUCUUCAAAAGUUGGAUCGUUAUUCCCAGCACAGCACUAUUGUUCUGACACUUCUUAUGUCUAUGUUUGCACUGCUAGCUCAUUGGAUGGCUUGCAUUUGGUAUGUCAUUGGAAGGAAGGAAAUGGAAAAGAAACCAUUCACAUGGGACAUAGGUUGGCUUCAUGAAUUGGGGAAACGCUUGGAGUCUCCAUACCAAGGCAAUAACACAUUUGGAGGCCCAUCACUUAGAAGUGCCUAUAUUGCUGCUCUAUAUUUCACACUCAGCAGCCUCACCAGUGUUGGGUUUGGCAAUGUGUCAGCCAAUACCGAUGCUGAAAAGAUUUUCUCUAUUUGCACAAUGCUGAUUGGGGCCUUGAUGCAUGCCUUGGUGUUUGGUAAUGUAACUGCUAUAAUUCAACGGAUGUACUCCAGAUGGUCCCUUUAUCACACAAGAACCAAGGAUCUGAAGGACUUCAUAAGGGUCCAUCAUCUCCCACAGCAGUUAAAGCAAAGGAUGCUUGAAUAUUUCCAAACUACAUGGUCAGUAAAUAAUGGAAUAGAUUCCAAUGAGCUUUUAAAGGACUUUCCAGAUGAACUGCGCUCAGACAUCACCAUGCACUUGAACAAGGAGAUUCUGCAGCUGUCCCUUUUUGAGUGUGCCAGCCGCGGUUGCCUCAGGUCUCUUUCUCUGCAUAUCAAAACCUCUUUUUGUGCUCCUGGGGAGUACCUCCUCCGGCAGGGAGAUGCCUUGCAGGCAGUCUAUUUUGUGUGCUCAGGUUCAAUGGAAGUUCUAAAAGACAGCAUGGUGCUGGCAAUCCUAGUUUUCUUUUCUUUCUAUUUUCCAUUAGGUAAAGGGGAUUUAAUUGGAGCAAACCUUUCAAUUAAGGACCAAGUGAUUAAAACGAAUGCUGAUGUGAAAGCUCUAACCUACUGUGACCUCCAAUGUAUUAUUCUCAAAGGACUCUUUGAAGUGUUAGACCUUUACCCAGAAUACGCUCAGAAGUUUGUUGAAGAAAUUCAGCAUGAUCUCACAUACAACCUUCGAGAAGGCCAUGAAAGUGAUGUAAUCACAAGAUUAUCAAACAAGUCUGCAAUCUGUCAGGCAGACUCCAAAGGAAAUGGGAGCAUAAACAAGAGACUUCCAUCCAUUGUGGAGGAUGAGGAAGAAGAAGAAGAGGUGACAGAAGAGGAGGCAGCUACUCUUUCUCCAGUCCACACAAGAAGCACAACCUCCACCCAACAGAAAAAGUCAGGAAGCAAUAAAAGCUAUCUUGGGAUAAACUUGAAACAGUUGGCCUCAGGAACUGUGCCCUUCCACUCUCCUAUCCGAGUUUGCAGCACAAACUCCUCUAGAACCAAGCAUGAAACAGAACUGCAUUAUUACUCCAAAAGAAGAGAGAAGAACCUGAAGUUACACCUUUCAUCACUAAACAGUGUUGGCCCUCCAGAUCUCAGCCCAAGGAUUGUUGACGGCACAGAGGAUGGUAACAAUAACGAAGAGAGCCAGACAUUUGACUUUGGCUCUGAACAACUCAGGCAGGAUUCCAGACCAUCUCCUCCCAACAGGGAGAAUGAAAUUGGUUCUGCUGUGCUGGUUAUCAAAGCAGAAGAAACAAAACAACAGAUCAACAGACUGAACAAUGAGGUAACUACUUUGACUCAAGAGGUCUCUCAGUUAACUAAGGACAUGAAGAAUGUGAUGCAGCUCCUGGAAAGUGUGUUGGUGUCACAGAAGUCCCCAGAGUUCUGUGCGGUGCAUAGUCCAGCCACGAGUACCAGCAUGGACAACUUGCAGACCAGAAUGACUUGGACUAAACAUCAACCAUGUCUCCAUAGGCAGGUUCCAAAUGUUACUUGCACCAGAACACAGCUCUGCCAUUCUAAUACGAUAGCUGGUUUCUGGAGUAUGGAUCCAACCUCAGUAGGCAGCAGUCCACAAAGAACUGAACCUCACAUUCAGACCUCUACAGAUGGGGAAUUUUAUUACACUUCAGGCCUUGAAUAUUCCCCUUCCCACUACCACGUAAUCCAAAAAGAUAAUUUACAGUUAGUGAGUUGCACCUCUCCACCUUCAGACACCACUUUGACUCCUCUCCAGUCUAUUUCAGCCACUUUGUCAUCCUCCAUGGGUUCAUCGUCAGAGACAUCCUUACACCUUGUGCUGCCUAGUCGAUCCGAAGAAGGCAGCUUUAGUCAGGGAGCAGUCAGUUCGCUAAGUCUCGAGAACCUGCCAGGGUCUUGGGACCUGGAAGGAACAACAGGAACAGCAGCUGCACCAACCACCGAAGAUUUGCCUCCAGAUUUUAAGGCGAGCACCGUAGAUGUUCAAGAUAGUAAAGCCAUAAAUGUAUAAUGAAACUAAUGAAGCAUUACUUUAAGCAUGCUCCACAACUGCCAGCUGUACGCUUAUCCAGUACUGCAUGACAUUUUUGCCUUUUCUUGAAUGCCCAUGGAAAUUAGCAAACCUGAAAAUUCACCUUGUUGGGAGAGAAGCAGAAAGAUAAAGUUUUACCUAAUUUGUAUGAAGAGAAACAGGUUUCCAGAUUUUAAAAAGCACACUGAAAAGCCUUUUGUACUCAAAUGUAACUCAACUGGACUGCUCAACAGACUUUUAUGAUGCUCUGCCACUCUUGAGAGCCAAAGUAUCUGGACAAUGAGGAUCGAGGAUCUUCUUUGUGUGAAGCAGAGAGUUCUUCCUCUCUUAGUGCGUGAUUGUUGCUUCCAGACAAUAUCUAUGGCACUGUCUGCUUCAGGGGAUAUAGGCUCCUGCUGGUAUUUAUGGCAAUGCUGUAAAAGCAAAGGGACAAUUACCACUGCAUGUCAUCUCCUUGACAAUCAACCAAAUAGAGCUGGUAGAGAGUGGUUAAUUGUUGCACGUUCUUUGUUAUGUAAAUCAGAGUACUUUAUCAAAAACACUAUUUUUCUAUACUUGCUAAGAAGUAUGUAUUUACAAUAUUUAUAAGGAGGCUGCUAAGGAUUUUGUUUUUUGUUCUUUUUGUUUUCUCCUCCUCCCUUCUCCUUCCCUUUCUCUUCUUCCUUCCCUUUGUCUACUCUUUCACCUCCUCCUUUUUGGAAAAGUGCUUGUUUCCAAAAUUAAUACACUACUGUGUCCAAAAUAUUAUGUAUUAGAUCAAGCUACUCUUAAUUUAAAAUUAUUCCCUUUUAUCUGCAUGCCAUUUGCAAUGAAUUUAUCCUUGCCAUUAAAAUAUAAAUGAAGGCUAAAGUACUAUUUUAUUAACAAAAGACUAAAAAGCCCAGAUGGCAUAUAUAAUGUUAAGUCAUAGUUGUAUAAAUAUCCUGCAAACUGUACUGCCUUAAUAGUGAUUUCCAAUGCCCUUACUUAUAUUUUGCACAACGUCAGCACUUUUUACAUCCUGUAUUUAUUUUACCUUUUUAAAGCCUGAUAACUAUUUAACCAUAAACCCUAAAUCUCAGGGGUAACUUCUAACAAGAAAAAAAUAAUUGGGGAAUUGUCAAUUGGAAAUAACAUAUUUCUGAAAUAAGUUUCAAAGCUAGUAUUCAAGACUGUUUUUUAACAGAAAAAGAAUCAAUAGUCAUUAUAUAAGUAGGAGAUAUUUAUAAAUUGCCUUGCACUUUAGUAUAUAAAAGUAUCAUUAGGAAUAAUAAAAUGGACAAGUAAAUUUGCCCAAGUAAGUAUGUUAUUGGGAUUUAUAAUACGAUAAAAUUGAACAGUUGGCUUCCAGAAUGUGUAGAACAUCUGAGUUGCACAGAUAAAUUUCUAUAUCAUAGAGAUUUAAAUGUUCACUUCGAAUAUACAAAAUCUGUUAUCAUGACACUAAAUAGGCAUUAAAAUGUUCUUGAUAAAUAAUACUUCUCCACUUUUUCAUUUAAGGAAACUACAGUAUAAAAUUAUUUGAAACAUCAAUGGACCAAUGAACUGUUUCAAGUUCUAAAAAUCAUGUAUAUGUGAGCCUUAAUAUGGAAAAAAAGGAAGUGAAUUUGCAUGGAGGCCAAAUUUAAAGUCACCCUAUAUUUAGCAGGCAUUACUUCAUACUUUACAUGUAACCUGCUUUCUUAAAAGAAAUGAAAUCUCUAUUUUAAUUUCAAUUUGUAUGUCAUGUAAUAUAAUCCUAGGUUUUGCAAUGUAAUCCUAAUUCUAGGUUUUCUCAGAUGUAGGUAAAUUUCCUCUGUCAUAAGUCUCUGGUAUUUACUAUUUUGCUACAAUUUUGCAGUAAUUUUUGUGCCCCUAAAUAAGUUCAAAAUUAAACGUGGAAAUGUGGAAAUUAGUUAUCAAAUUAUACAUGGGAAUGAUAAAUUCUCACUGGCAAUAAUAAAUAAUUGGACAUUUUUCUCAUGAGAAAAUAGUUGCAAAACUGUGUAUUUGUCAUUCAGGAACUAUUCUGUCAAAAUAAUGCUUUUUAACUAAGAAAAGGCUGUUUUCUGUGCAGAAAAUAGGUUUCCGUUAACAGGUAGAAAUAUUUUCUGUAUAAGGAUUGCUAUUUCCUACGCAAUAGGAACUUAUGAAACAGCAAUUUAUUUUCCAAAAAUAUGUUUAUUUGUUUAUAUUUUUGCACAAAAAUGCUGCUUUCUUUUAACAAAACUUGUUUUCUGUGCAGAAAUUGCUGUGUUCUUAUAUUUUAAAACAUGCCAAAAAAAUUUCACAGAAUAAGUCCUGACUGGCAAAAUUCCUCCCCAUCCAGCAUUCUCCUUGUGAAGGUUUACUGACACUUAAUAAAUCUGUUUUUCAAUCA